GGAAAGUAUCGACAAUGGGCAAAGGAGCACUCUUUCGAGUCAAUGUUACCGGGUGAUGUCAAGGCCCGCAAGGAGAAGGCCAAGCAGGCGCAGCGGACCAUUAACUCGCAUCUGACUGAACGCAAACUCUCUGAACGAGUCAUACCGUACUUGGAUAAGUUAUUCAAACGAGCUGCAAUUGAAUGGUUGGUUGCAACGGACCAACCCAUCCAAGCCCUCGAACAUCCAAAGUUCCAGGAGAUGAUCGAUGUCGCUUCACGGGCGACAAAUGGUGUCAAAAUCCCUGGUCGCAAGGCCACCCGCGCCGAGAUCAUAUGA